UGGUGUACAUGCAGCAAGCAGGAAUCAGGAUCUCCUGCACCGAUUCACAGCUGCGUUUUACGCGAAGAACAUUGCAGACAACGAUAGCUGGAACAAUGACCGCUUAGGCUACUCCUCGUCACCAACAUGGCCAACACGCCCAAACGACAGCGGCCCAUGUCGCCCGUAAGGCCGGAGUACAUGGAAGACUCUGCAGACCGUGAUAUACUGCUCGAGCUGGCGCGCAAAGAACGGCGCGUCGCCGAACUCAAAGAGCAACUCGCGACGGCAGAGUCAGAGCUCAGCGUGCUGCAACAACAAGUUAUGCGCUCCUCUUCCAUCAAGGAAAUCAAUACAACGCAGCGUCUCUUUGAUGACAUGGCUGCGCCUCCACUCGAUACAUCCCUCGUCCUCAAUCGCUUGGCAGAAGGAUCAAAAUCUAUCUUCAGCGCUGUCUUCAAUGACCUCAAGGAACUAGGUGCAGCGACCAUAGCCGAUCAUUCGAGAAGUCAGGCCUAUCCAACUGAAUCAGAGGUCUUUGGGCUAUCCAUCAGGCCCUCGACUGCGGCCUCCGCCUCGAGCAGUUCACGCGAAAGAAGAAAAUAACACACGGAUGCACUGCCCUCAACGCAUUUAUACAAUCAUUUACAGCAUGCUAUUCCAGCACAACAGGUUCCUCUUCCACCGCUGUUGCUGGCGUCGCUUCAGCCUCAGCACCUUCCUCCUUGAUAACCUUGUCAAUAGCAACAUUGUAACUCAGGCAAUUAUCACACUUGUGGCCAAGGAAGUGAUAGGGAACAGUCGAUCGCGAUUGACAGUCAUUACACAGAAUCUUCGCCUUCCAUAGGCAGUACGGCGAAGGCAUUCUAUUGUCAGCACAGUGAAACAAAGCGCAUCAGCAUACCUCUGU